AUGGACGCUGCUCGCGCGGGCGACGAAGUUUGGGUUCUCAAGGUCCCAAACUACGUGGUCGAGGCAUGGAACAACGCGCCGAAGAUGCCAGUUGGGACGCUGAUUGUUGAGGAUGUUCCAGGGCAGGACCCGAAACUGAAAAUGGAAUUGGUUGGGUCCCUGGCGCAACCGCUCCCAAAGAGAUAUGAUAUGAUGUCGGAGGACAACUGUGCACUUCAAGUUUUCUCACAGGAAGGAGACAAAAUAAGCGUAAAAGGCCAGGUGGAAAUGAAACUGGAUGCCAAAGUUGCGCCAGCUUAUCGAGAUUCAGAGGGUCGCCUGGUUGUGGACAAGAAUUUUGCCCGGAUUACCAGGGAAAAGGUGGAAGAGGAGAAAAGGAAAGUGCAAGCAAACACCCUUCAAGUAAUUCCUGGUCGUCCAAGGAGGCCACUUCCUCGGAAUAUACCACACAAAAGGAAGACUGAUAAGGAGGAUGGCACCAGCAUGAAGAGGUCACGAUUGGAGAAGGAUGAGCUCGAAAGAGAGCUGUUCAGAAUGUUUGAGAAAGACAAGUAUUUGCGCUUGGCGACCCUCCAGACUCGACUGAAUCAGCCCAACGCAUGGCUGAAGGAGGUGCUCAACGAAAUUGCUGUCCUGAAUCGCAGCGGCCCAAACCUUGGUCAGUAUGAGCUAAAAAACGAGUACAAGACGUCGGUGGAUUAA